GGGCCAGGAGAUACUGGGCUCAUUGCCCCAGAGCCAACCGCUUGCCUCUUCUGCCCAAAGGGCAGGUAGCAGGUGGAGGCUUGAAGUGGGCCUUGGAAAAGUGCUGGAGGGAGCCAAGGCGGAGUCCCCGAAGGCAGCCGACCGAGGUGGCCGCGUGCAGCAGCUCCAGGAGGGCGGCCAGGAAAAUGGGGGGCCACGGCCUGGGCGUGCCAGGCCCCGCGCUGUUCCUGCUACUGGUGCUGCGGCCUCCGCUGAUGAAAGCCGGAAGUUUGCAGCACAGCGUCUGGGGCUCCAAAGACCUGCAUGGCCUCGCUCCGAGCAGGAGAACCCUCCACCACCACCUCCGUCCAGAUGGGGGAACCGUCCACCACUUCCGCGGCCACUAUUCCCAUAAGAGCCGAGUAAAAGAAACAUCGGAAUCCUGCCAGAGCGCAUAUGACCUUUACUUCAUCUUGGAUAAGUCAGGCAGUGUGAACAACAACUGGAUGGACAUUUACAACCUUGUGGAAGAUUUGGUCAAGAAGUUUGAAAACCCGAAAAUGCGGAUAUCCUUCAUCACCUACUCCACAGAGGGCCACACCAUCAUGAAACUCUCCUCAGAUAAAAAUGUAAUACGUGAUGGUCUUAGUAAACUUCGGAAUAUAGUGCCUACUGGAGCCACAAAUAUGCAUGAAGGAUUUAAAAAGGCAAAUGAGCAGAUUCGUGAAGCAAACUCUGGAGAAGAAAAAGUUUCCUCCAUGAUUAUCUCUCUGACCGAUGGAACACUGGAGCCAGCGGCCUUUGACGAGACUAAGUCCGAAGCUGCAAAGUCUCGGGAAAUGGGGUCAACUGUUUAAGCCAUUGGUGUAAAAGACUAUCAGAAAGACCAGCUAUUGGAAAUUGCAGACAGCCCGCAACACAUGAUUGGAGUGAACAAUGGAUUUAAGGAACUAAAAUACGUCGUAGAACCACUUUCAAGUAAGGCAUGUAUUGAAAUUACAGACGUGGAGCCUUCCAGUUUUUGUGCAGGAGAAGACUAUGAAGUGAUGAUUACUGGAAAAGGAUUUAAUAAUGCACCAAACAAGGAGGAAGUUAUUUGUAGGUUCCGCUUCGGCACUAAUAAAUUCUUUGAUAAAAAAGUCAGCGCUGUGGAUGAUAACACCAUAACAUGCCCAGGAGUAAGGGUAGAAAAACCAGACGAGUUGAUCCACGUGGAAAUUAGCCUGAAUAAUGCCAAGAGCUUCAUUAAGAGUGAUGCUAACAUUACCACCAAGGACUGUGUGAGUGCUAGGAAUGGGGCACCCGAAGAGGGAGGUCCCUCUCCGUCUCCUCCUCCUCCAGAAAACACACCUCCAUCAUUAUUCCCACCAAUCCCAUCUUUAUACUUGAUUGGGCUCCUCCCAGCUGGGCUUCUAUUCCUGUGUCUUUUCUGCUGCCUCUGCCGAUGCUGCUGCAACAAGCCCUGCAGGCCGCCGCCAAUGCCGAAAAUAAUAUUGGCUCCAGUGAGGGAAUGCGUACAGCCCUGCCCGAUGGUUGCCCCUUGUAGGUGCCGAGGACGCAGGAUUAGACGGAUAGAGGGCAAACUGGAUACCUUGUGUGACUUUGUUCAAAGCUGCAACCAGGCGCCACUGAUGUGGUAUCAGCCCAGGUACAAGAGGCGCUUCAACUUUGCCCGAUUGAAGCCGCCCUGCAUGAAGUAUCCCUGUGCUUCAAAGAUCUGCCUUCCACCCUGUGCCCCAAAGAUCUGCCUUCCACCCUGCGCCCCAAAGAUCUGCCUUUCAACCUGUGCCCCAAACAUCUGCCUUCCCGCCAGCCGGGAGUGCUUCCCCAUCAGCAGCUGCUACUCAUGCUACCAAUACCCGUCACGCAAGUGCUCCCGGCUUCCCUCCAGGAUGCUGCCACUGAUGGCCCCCUCUGCCCGGGCACUCUGCGGAACCACUUUGUCACUCCCACCCCCAUAACCCAGCCUCCAACGCACCAAAACCCCAAGGUUAUUAAGAGCCCGUUUUGCACUGAAUCAGACAUACGUAUUGAGUCUUGGUUUACAAUCAAAAGGAGUUGGAAUUAGUUGCUUAUCAGCAAGAGAAUUUGUUACCUGGUAGGUUCGCUCCACUGGAUGAGACAUAUCUAUGCUGCUUCCAUCCAGGACAAAGCACACCGGUGCCCUGUGGAUGCAGACAGGGACAUGACCCAGUCCCCACAGCCUGCUCUUCAUCUGUCACGAAGGGCUGGGACACCUGGGAUUGUAGCCAAAUUCCGCUCUUUGCAAAAAGCCCAACAUGUCUUUGAAAUAGGAAUCCAAUCCUGCAUCUCCUUCCCUAAUUUUGUGUAGAGAGAAAGACUUGAGUUUCUCACCCUCCUUCACUCCACGUUCUUGGUUUUAUUUUUUUCACUACCCACACUCCGAAUGUGUCCUAGAAGGAGACAAACCCCCCUCAAGUUCAGCAGCUGCCAAGGGCAACUUCUCUUUCCAGACACCCCUGACUGUAUCCUAGGCCCAGAAGCAUUUUAGAGAAUCCCCUCUGUUUCCCUAGACAAUGUAAACCUCCCCUGUUUGUCAUUUGCCAUUUGCAAGACCACAACCAGUUAUCUCCAACCUAUGUUGAAGUAAAUUAAAGGACUCUGCACCCUCA